AUGGGGUCGACGGAAGAGUCCGACCCUAGCUUCAAGGAGAUUCCAGAGUACGAGUACGCCGACGAGGAAGUGAUAUCCCAUGAAGGGUCAGACUUAUUCGCAGAAGACGUGGAAGCCGAAAUGGCAGUGUUGCCAGAGGUUCCGUUGACGGCAGAAGUGAAGAUCGAGGAUCUCAAAAUCGGGCGUCCGGAAGGAGUUGACCCGGAGGAAGCUGCAGAGAUGGAAGAACGGCUGCGCCAGAUCGUCUGGAAGAAGCGUAAAUGGUUGAUCGGGAAGGGCAACGCUCUACCACCUGCAGCAAAGGGUGUCAUCUGCGACAUCGAUUUCUCGUCGCAGUUUCGCGAGAAACUAGCCGAUAUGAUCCAAGGACUCCUCAGCGCGGGUAUGAUCCGCGCGCCGAAGUUACCUUGGGCUUCCCCCAUCGUCGUCAUCGUGAAGAAGAACGGCGUCGACAUCAGGCUCUGUGUCGACUACAGACAUGGCCAGCGGAUUUUAGGUAGUCCCGAUGACGGACCGAACAUUCUCAUCUCCGCGUUCAUCACACCAUUCGGGGUGUUCGAGUGGCUGCGUAUGCCAUUCGGUUUAUGCAACGCACCACAGAUAUACCGGCGGUUGAUAGACAACGCGCUGUACGGCUUCUGGAAACUCUCGCUGACGGAAGAUACCCGCGACGUUUUCCAGGACAGGGUCCUGUCCAAGCCUGGAACACGGUCCGUGCUUGGUCGACGGUCCUAUAUUGACGAUAUUCUGAUCGGGGGAAAGUCUUGGGAUGACUUGUGCGAGAAGGUGGAACGUCUCCUCGAAGUUUGCGAAGAGUGGCACUUGUCGAUCAGUUCGUUCUUGGGUAGUCUAAAUUACUACCACCGCUUUAUCCCCGACUUCGCAAUCUUUGCCACCGCGCUCUACUCCCUCUCAGCCCGCAACUUCGAGGAACGCGCCACGAAUCCAGAAACGCGUGACGUGGAAAAGUGGGAUCACGCUGAACGCGCGUUCGCGACACUUCGCCGCAAGAUCGCGGCUACCCCGAUGCUAAAGCAUUUCGACGCGGAUAGAUAA